GUUCCAGCUCCAGUUCUAGCAUGCCUACCUCUUGUGGCGGUUGUACUGUUGUUUUCUGACGUGCCAUCGACAUGCGGCACAUCACACCUUUUUGGAUAGCCGUCACCGCCGUUUUGGCGAUCGCUGGAGCAAAAGUCCAGUACAAGGUGAAAUGUUCCGAUUCGAAAAUGGUUGUUGAACUGCGGCGGAUGGACGACAUGAACGCUAUUUACUUAGAAGGGCUUAAGUAUUUUCCUGAUGCGGCAUGCAAGCCUAUUCUUGUCGACAGGCAAAUAAUUUUCAAUCUACCUCUGGAAGACUUUUACAAAUGCGGAGUGACAAGAAUCAUAAACAAAGCCACUAAUUUGAGGACAUUCUACCACAGAAUAAUUAUUGAAACAACAAACAAUGGCAAGGAAAUGGUUCAGGUGAAAUGCCUUAAGAGCGGAAAUCACACGAUAGUGAAGAGGAACGUGCUGCCAGCAGGAUUUCAAGAGCCAGUUGACCUCGACAUAACAUCCUCAUUUGUUGAAGAAGCACCACAGCCGAAGCUUCAAGUAGGAGUGAGGCAGGCCGGUAAACUGGUAUCAGGCGAACUGAACGUUAAUCCUGGUACUCCACUACAAAUGGAAAUUUAUUUGGAUAAAACAUCUGCACCAGUUUAUGGCCUACUUGUCAGUUACAUGCAAGUCAGUGACACGAAGAACCAAGAAGAAACUAUCAUUUUCAAUGGUUGUUCGGUGGAUCCCUAUUUGUUCGAAAACUUCAAUACCGUAGAUGGAGAUUUUUUGACAGCAAAAUUUAGGGCGUUUAAGUUUCCCGAUUCGACCUACGUGCAGUUCAAAGGGACUGUUAAUGUCUGUCUGGAUAAAUGUAGAGGAAUUGAAUGCAGCAAUGGACAAGUCGGAUUCGGUAGGAGAAGACGAGAAAUACCAUCAAUACCACCGGACCCGAACAAAGUUUUUGAAGUUUCUAUCACAUCGUAUAUAAAAGUUGAUUACAAAGGUGAUAACAUUCUUGACAAAGUUAAACUAGAUCUUGGGUCGGAAUCGCCGCAGUCGCUGGAAAAUAACGGCACUACAGUGAGGCAACUACACGAUCAGAAGCACCAGUUAAAACUAGAAGGGGAAGAGGUUCGUGAAGACCUCAUUUAUACCCUUAUUGAAGAAAGAAAUGCCUCCCCCUUGCAAACUGCAUCCUACAUGAUGAUGUUUUUGCUGUUGUGUGCACUUUUUCAAAUGAACUAAGUGUUACAAACAGCCGGCAUUUGUCGCAGUGCAAAAUAUUGUGUGUCUCAAAAGGAAAUUCAGAACAAUUAAAUGAAAUUAAUGACUAUCAAGCUGGGUCCUUUUUGUAAAUAAUUAACUGUAUUCGCUUUUUAUCAAUAUUUAUUUCAAAGCUGUGAUUUUAUGACAUACACUGGACUGAAUUAUUUUAACAAUACUCAAAUUAAUGCGUAGUGAAUUUUAACAUACAAUUUUACACUUGGUGGACACAAUAAUUGCGGGCAAACUAAUUAACAUUAAAGUUCUAAUUUUGAGAAUAAUUUAAUACACCAUUCUGCUGUAAUAUACACCCAAAAGUGGUUUCAUUUAUUGUAUUUUGUUUUCGUGACGCAUAAAAAAAUCAGGCAAACCGAAAUGUAACUCCUAAUUUUAAUACAUAAAUUAAUGUUGACUAUGUUAGUUGGAAAUAAAAAUUGGGUUUUGCAUACGGUGUGCAAAAAAAAUUGGUGAAGGAAAAUUGUCCUUUCCAUAAGUCAAAUUUGACUGAUUUAUCUGAUAAUUUUUCUGUAUAUAGAUAAAACGUGUGAAAAAAAGUUAGCCAUUUAUUUCCUGUUAUUUUAUCAUUAUGAAUUUCAAAAUUUAAACACAAACUUUGGGUAUGUAAAUAAGCUUCUAAGCUACUCAUAAAAUAUAUAUCUAUUUGAAAAAUAAUAAUGAUUAAAACACAGUAAAAUGUAAAUUGCCUGACAAUGGUCGGAAAUGUAUUUUUUAAUUAAAAUCGCUAGUCGAGAAUUUAGGUGGACAAAAUAUGCUUCUGUAACAUACAAUAAAACUCUAACACAAUGUUUUUAUA